AUGGAUGAUAACAAUUUGAUGGGUGAAAAUUUAGUGGAUCUUGAUUUGAACCUAGAACCUUUGGACCCACCUCUGAAUUCAGAUUCGAGAUUUGGAUCUAUGUUGAAUGAGUUGGAAACUACCCAUGGUAGGAUAGAGGAAAGGAUUAGAGAGCUUGAAGCUGUCACUUCUCGUGCUAGGCAGCGCCAAAGGUGGCGCCAAUUGCGUAAUGCUGUUGAAAUAAGCGACUUUUCUGGUGCACAUGUGGAUGGUGAGAGAGAUGCUCUUAGUGGAAUUGAUUGUGGUGUUAUAGAAAGGAGUGCUGAGAGGGGAAAAGGUUGUAAAAGGGGUAGUUCCUAUUUGGUCGCAAAGGCUUUGGAGAUGGAUUCCGAUGUUAAGAAGGUUGAUAAGGAAGGUGGGAGCUUCUAUGAUUGUAAUAUAUGCUUGGAGGUGGCAAGGGAACCUGUAUUGACUUGCUGCGGUCACUUGUUUUGUUGGGUGUGCUUUUAUCAAGUGUCGUAUAUUGAUUCAACUUCCAAGGAAUGUCCGGUUUGUAAAGGAGAGGUAUCUGAUAUCACUGUUAUUCCUAUUUAUGGGAAUGGGGAUAGUGAAUCUGUGGCUGAGUUGGAAUCCGGCUUGAAGAUACCUCCGAGGCCCAAAGCUCAGAGAGUAGAGAGCUUGAGGCAGCAGCAAGUGACAAACGGUCUAUCUCGUGUUCCAGUUGAGGAAGCUUUGAGGCGAAUUAGGAUUAGUAUUGGUGCAAUGGGGGAUCAAACUGAGGGCGGAAGUCGUAAUUUCAGGUUUGAGUCUGAUGCUCCAGAGGUGCAAACUGGAGAGGCAGCAAGCCGCCGCCACCUUAGGGUCCAGCGGGUUUCAAGAGUACCAUCUGAAAGAGCUGCUUCUCUGUCUUCCCUUUCCUCUGCUUUGAGUAAUGCUGAAAGUGAUUCUGCUGUCAUACAAUUAGACCAUCAGGCUCCAGAUUCAAGUGCAGCCAUUUCCUCCUCUUCCCAAACAAGGGAUAUUCCUAGUACUGUUGUACCUAUCCUGGCAAUGAGUACUUCUAGUGAAAUCAAUUUGCCCACAGCACCUUCUUCUUUUGCUACCCGCAGAAGAAGAGUUUUGUCUAGAGUUUCAAAUGCAGACAAUCAGGAUUCCCGUGAAUCUAGAAGGAGAAGAUUGAGCUGA